AUGGAGCAGCCUAUUGAAUAUGAGUGGAAGCCUUUAUAUUACAAUAGAUUUCAUAAACCUGGACAUAAUUGUGAUCAACCUAAGCCUAAAACCAAGCAAUGGAAACCAAAAACAAAGAAUGAAGAGUCUGCUAAAGCUACACCAGAAGUGGUUGAAGAUAUUAUUAUUGAAGCCUUAGCCACAAGUGUGAUUGAACCUGUUGUGAUAAAGGAUAACUCUGCUUCAAAUGAGGAACCGAAUUGGACUGAAGUGAAUAAAAGUGGUAGAGAUAGAGUUGCUUGGAAUGUUAGGGGUCUCAAUAAAUCUGCUAAGCUCAGGGAGAUUAGCUCCCGUCUCCUAGAGCUUAAGGCACACAUCAAUAUUCUGAUUGAAACUAGGGUCAAACAAGGCCAAGCUGAUACUAUUAGAAAUAAGCUGCAUCUUGGAGGGAAAUUCAUUGAUAAUUACAGCUAUCACCCCAAUGGCAGGAUUUGGGUUCAUUGGGAUCCUAAUCACAUUGAUCUUCAAGUUGUUACUUUGAGUAGUCAAAUGAUACACAUGGCAGUCUAUAAUAACCAAAGAGACUUUAUGUUCUGGCUUACUGCGAUUUAUGGAUUGAAUAGGUUAGAUCAAAGAAAGGUUUUAUGGAAAGAGUUAGAUAAUCUUAACAUCCAAGGCCCAUGGUGUCUGGCUGGAGAUUUUAAUAAUGUUCUUUGCUCUCAGGACAAGAUUGGUGGCAAAAUUGUUAUAGAGGCUGAGUUCAAAGAUCUUGAAGAUAUGAUGAGGAAUAAUGACCUGGCAGAAAUGACCAACAAUGGUGAUUACUACACUUGGUCCAAUAAACACAACAUAGGUACUAUUUACUCUAUAAUUGAUAAGAUCUUGGGUAACACUGAUUGGCAAAAGAGAUUUAGAUUCCUUAACUGUUUGACUGAAUCUGAGAGCUAUCACCAAGUUGUGCAAGCUAAUUGGAGUGAGACAAUUGAGGGAGGGCCUAGCUUUGUUCUUUGGCAUAAACUGAAGAGACUUCAAAAAGAGCUUUACAAGAUGAAUAAACCUCUAAUAUCAGUCAAACAGAAAAUUAUUCAAGCUAGGGAAAACCUUACCAAAGCUCAAAAGAGUCUUAGUAUUGAUAAAUGGAAUUUUGAGAAGAUUGCCACUAUGAAGAGAUACAAUGAAGAUCUAAUCAAGUGGCAUGAGAUUGAUGAAAGCAUUAUGAAACAAAGGUCUAAAAUUAAAUGGCUUAGGGAUGGUGAUGGUAAUAACUCAUACUUCCAUGCAUCAGUCAGAUUGAAGCAAUCCACCAAAGCCCUUACUAUGCGGGAAGCUGAGAAUGGUCAAGUUAUUACUCAUCAAGAUGAUAUUGAGAGAGAAGUCCUUGAUUUUUAUGGAAAACUCAUGGGCUAUAGGGAGCAGUCUCUUGACUGUGUUGAUAUUGGAGCUUUAAGAAGGGGAUCCCAACUGAAUAGAGAUCAGAAAAUUCUCCUGGAAGGGAAAGUUACUGAGGAUGAUAUUUACAUUGCUCUAAAGGGUAUUGAUGACAACUCUGCUCCAGGCUUAGAUGGCUAUACUGCAAAAAAAUUUAAAGUUAGCUGGAACACUAUCAAAGUUGAUGUUAUUGCUGCCAUUCAUGAAUACUUUGAUAAAGGUAAAAUUUACAAAGCUUUCAAUUGUUCUUUGGUUUCUCUUAUUCCCAAAAGUACCACUGCCAAAUAUAUCAGGGAUUUCAGGCCUAUAUUUUUAUGUUCUACUUUUUACAAAAUCCUUUCAAGGAUUUUGACAGCUAGAUUCAGCCAAGUAAUUGGGAGCAUUGUCAGUAUUAAUCAAGCAGCCUUCAUACAUGGCCAACAAAUUCACAGUCACAUUCUCUUGGCAUACGAGCUUCUAAAAGGUUAUAACUGUAAACAGGGACCUCCUAGAUGUAUGUUUCAGGUUGACUUACAAAGAGUAUACAAUAUGAUCAAUUGGCAGGCUUUGGAGAUCAUGAUGCAAGAACUUGGUAUUCCUCCUAAGUCUCAAUUGGAUAAUGCAGAGUCUAACCAAUGUUUCCUACAGAGUCAACAUAAAUGGAGCCCAGUCAAAGCUUCUUAUUGA